AUGGAUAUGGAUAUGGAUAUGGAGUACUGUAAUGACACUGCCGACCCUGCUCAGAGUCACCAAGCUCAACUCCUUCAACCAAUCAAAUACAUAGUCUUCCACAUCCACUUUCGCCGCACAAUAAUUCUUCCUUCCCAGCUCGUCAUCGCAACAACCAGCAACAGUCAUGUGUUUCCCCGUGGCCACUACUUCACCCACCAUUCGAUCAUCACCAAAAGCAUGCUCAUCGGAAUGGGUAUGGACUUAAACCUCGUCCCUACCUUUGCCGCGCGCAUAGCAACUGACGCUUUGCAAAGAAUUAUCUUCUCCAACUCCAACUCCGACUUUCUCACUAUAUCUCUCCACAUCACUGCCUCAACUGAGUGCACUCCUAUUCGCCAACAGCAACAAGAAGCGAUGAUGGUUGAUCGUAGCUUCAGCGAGGCAAUGGACACCGUUCGGACUGUUCCGGCCACGCAAGACUCCAUACGGGCGCUCCAGGAGGAGUUAAACGACGUCGGUUUGGGUGGCAAGACUUGCAGCAUCUGUUUGGAGAAGAUGUCGUUUGGUGAUCGCAGAGUCGUAAAGAUGCCGUGUUCUCAUGCGUUUCACAAGGAUUGUAUUGUUCGGUGGCUGGAGACUAGUCACUUGUGCCCUUUGUGCCGCUACUCAAUGCCCACUACUUCAUCUUCGUCUCGAUGA